AUAGCCAUGGCUUCUUCUUUGUUAACAAUGGCGGCCACUGCCACUGGCUCUCAGAGGUUUGAUACGUCGUCGUUUGGUAAAACAAAAUUACCUUUUAAACCCCUCACCUUUCGACCCUCUCCGUUGCCUUCUAAAGGUUCUUUUGGUCCAAUUAUUAGAAGCUUCCAAACCCCUCGUUCUUAUUGUUCUCCACUUAUUCGGGACGUGAGCAGCCAAGCAAUAGCCAAGGAAUAUGGUGGUGGUGAAGAAGCCACGGCACAACAAAUUUGGGAAUUUGCAAGGGCGUUAUGGACUUUUCUCAGGCCUCACACCUUCUAUGGAACUCUCGUGGCUUCAUGCUCGUUGGCUAGUAGAGUGUGGAUUGAAAAUCCAGAGCUAAUGAAGUGGUCGAUAGUAACAAGAGCAAUUUGCGGUCUUGUGGAGUUGUUAUGCGGCAAUAGUUAUAUUGUUGGUAUCAAUCAGAUUUAUGACAUCGAUAUUGACAUAGUAAACAAGCCAUUUUUGCCCAUAGCGGCAGGGAAUAUGACAAAGAAACAAGCAUGGUUUCUAACGACGUCGUUUUUGACGGUUGGGCUGUCAUUAGCCACGUUUAAUUCAGGCCCAUUCCUCACUUCUCUCUAUUGUUUCGCUCUUUUGCUUGGAACUCUUUACACUGUCCCUCCUUUUAGAUUGAAGAGAUUCCCCAUUGCUGCUUUCCUCUGCAUUGCUUUGGUGAGAGGCUUUCUUGUGAAUUUUGGUGUAUAUUAUGCAUCGAGAUCUGUUCUUGGACUCCCGUUCCAAUGGAGCUCACCCGUGGCCUUCAUCACUACAUUUGUUACACUUUUUGGUUUGGUCAUUGCCCUUACCAAAGAUCUUUCUGACAUAGAAGGUGAUCGAAAAUAUAACAUAACAACUUUUGCUACAAAGCUUGGAGUAAGAAGGUUGGCGUUUCUUGGCUCGGGGAUCCUUAUUCUGAACUACAUUGCUGCCAUUUUGGCUGCAAUUUUGAUGCCUCAGGCUUUCAAGCGAAGUAUAUUGAUACCCACCCAUGCAGCCAUGGCAAUGAGUCUUGUUUUUCAGACGAGAGUAUUAGACCAAGCAAAAUACACGAAGGAAGCAGCUUCAAACUUCUACAUGUUCUUGUGGAAGCUGUUCUAUGCUGAAUAUUUGAUCUUCCCUUUUAUAUAGAGAAACCUUCUCCCUAAAUACUUCUCAAUUUAGUGAGAGAGAGGGAGAGAUUUUGUUUUUUGGGACUCCUUUUAGAUGUCGAUGUAGGUAAGAAGAGAGUGUCGUGUUUUAUGUGAAGAUAGGAUUGAGACGGUGUUUUAUGUUGACUCGAGAUAUGUGUUGUACGUGACUUUUAAUUUUAAAAAAGUAAACGUUAUUUAUUUUAAA